AUGGCGAUGCAGGGCAAUACAAGCCCUUGCAUCGAAGAAGUAGCAAAAGAUGGGUAUGACUCUAAUAAAUUUGAUGACGAUGGUCAUCCAAAACGAAAAGGAACAUGGAUAACUGCGAGUGGACAUAUUUUGACGGCUGUUAUAGGCUCAGGGGUGCUAUCUCUUGCAUGGGCCAUUGCCCAGUUGGGUUGGAUUGCAGGACCCAUUAUCCUCAUGCUCUUCUCACUCAUCACUCUCUACACUUCUUUUCUCCUCACCGAUUGUUAUAGGUCCCCUGACCCUGUUCAUGGAACCAGGAACCACACCUAUAGGAACAUGGUCAAGAAUAUUCUAGGAGGAACUCAACACCAUUAUUGUGGAUUGGCUCAAUACAUAAAUCUGAUUGGAGCAAGCAUUGGAUAUACUAUCACUGCAGCCAUUAGUAUGGUGGCUAUACAAAGAUCCAAUUGUUAUCACAAAAAUGGGCAUGAUGCAGUGUGCACUAUGCCAAAUUACCCUUAUAUGAUCAUGUUUGGGAUCAUAGAGAUUAUAUUAAGCCAAAUCCCAGACUUCCAUGAACUUUCAUGGCUCUCUGCUCUUGCUGCUAUCAUGUCUUUUGGUUAUGCUACCAUAGGGAUUGGUCUCUCCAUAGCCAAAGUUGCAGGGGGAAGCCAUGCCAGAACAAGCCUUACUGGGGUUACCAUUGGAGUGGAUGUGACAAGCAGCGAGAAGCUAUGGAAUACUUUUACAGCUUUGGGAAACAUUGCUUUUGCAUAUAGCUUCAGUUCUGUCAUUGUUGAGAUACAGGAUACAUUGAAAUCGGGUAAACCGGAGAACCAAGUGAUGAAGGUGGCUGCUUCUACAUCAGUGGCAGUCACCACUGUCUUCUAUAUGCUAUGUGGUAUGAUAGGCUAUGCAGCAUUUGGGAACGAUGCUCCUGGAAACUUUUUAACAGGAUUUGGUUUCUAUGAGCCAUUUUGGCUUAUUGACAUUGGUAACAUUUUCAUCGUCGUUCAUCUCGUCGGCGCCUACCAGGUGUACACACAACCCGUGUUUUUGCUGGUGGAAAAUUGGUGCAAGGAGCGUUGGCCUGAAAGCAGCUUCAUGGCAAAAGAGCAUCACAUAAAGAUUCCAUUGGUUGGAACCUAUAGAAUGAAUCCUUUCAGGCUAAUAUGGAGGACAUUGUAUGUGAUAUUGUCAGCAGUGAUUGCUAUAUUACUUCCUUUUUUCAACAGCAUUGUUGGUUUGCUUGGAGCUCUUGCAUUCUGGCCAUUGACAGUGUACUUUCCUACAAAGAUGUACAUGGUACAAUCUAAAGUGCCAAAGUUCUCUAUGAGGUGGACAGGGUUGAAGUUGCUAAGUGUGUUCUGCUUGCUGAUUUCAAUUGUUGCUGCAGCUGGAUCAAUUGAAGGAAUUAUUAAAGAACUUAAAGUUUACAAGCCAUUCUAG